CCUUGUUCCAAUUUCAUAGUCACUCCUGUCUCGUUUCUCUCCUCUCCCUUACAGCAGUCACAGUUGAUAGAGGAGGAAGAUGCAGGCCCUUUCAAGGCGAUUAGGCCACCAAUCCUUCAAUCAGUCUCCCGCAAUUUCCUCUCUCAAAUCCAUUUACCCCCUCUCUGAUCACUAUUAUGGUGCUGAUCAUCCACGUCUCGGAUCUACUCUUGCCCCCAAGGGUGUGGGCCAUCUGGUCCGGAAAGGGACGGGUGGGAGAUCAUCUGUGAGUGGCAUUGUUGCUGUGGUUUUUGGAGCUACUGGGUUUCUUGGUCGCUAUGUUGUCCAGCAGCUUGCUAAAAUGGGAUCCCAAGUGUUGGUUCCUUUCCGAGGUUCUGAGGAUUCUCAUCGUCAUCUUAAAUUGAUGGGUGAUUUAGGACAGAUAGUACCAAUGAAAUACAAUCCAAGAGAUGAAAAUUCGAUCAAGGCAGUAAUGGCGAAAGCUAACGUUGUUCUCAAUCUUAUUGGAAGGGAAUAUGAGACAAGAAAUUAUAGCUUUGAGGAAGUGAACCAUCAUAUGGCUGAGCAGCUUGCUAUGAUUUCCAAAGAACAUGGUGGUAUCAUGAGGUUUAUUCAAGUUUCUUGCUUAGGGGCAUCUCCAUCAUCUCCAUCUAGGAUGUUAAUGGCUAAAGCUGCUGCAGAGGAAGCUGUUUUGAGAGAAUUACCUGAGGCCACAAUUAUGAGACCGGCUGUAAUGAUUGGUACAGAGGAUCGGAUUCUGAACCGGUGGGCACAAUUUGCAAAAAAAUAUGGCUUUUUGCCUCUCUAUGGUGAUGGAUCUACGAAAUUCCAACCUGUAUACGUUAUUGACGUUGCUGCUGCAAUUAUGGCCGCCUUGAAAGAUGAUGGUACAAGCAUGGGAAAAGUUUAUGAACUUGGUGGGCCUGAGAUCUUUACCAUGCAUGAGUUGGCAGCAGUAAUGUAUGACACGAUCCGUGAAUGGCCUCGUUAUGUGAAAGUGCCUUUCCCAAUUGCAAAGGCCAUGACAUUGCCUCGAGAAAUAUUACUAAACAAAGUUCCAUUUCCAUUACCUACUCCUGGUCUAUUCAAUCUGGAUCUGAUCAAUGCUUUUACUUCAGAUACGGUCGUUUCAGAAAAUGCUUUAACUUUUGAUGAUCUUGGGAUUGUACCUCAUAAGCUGAAGGGUUACCCUAUUGAGUUCCUUCUCUCAUAUCGCAAAGGUGGCCCACAGUUUGGUUCUACAAUCAGUGAAAGAGUAGAUCCCGAGGCUUUUCCAUAAGGCUCUCUGGUUCUUUAAUUUUGAAAUGUUUUUCUACCCAAAAAUGCUACCCAGCUGGAAAGACUUCGAACAGGUAUUUAAGUCUUCCAUUUCUUUAAGCUAAUGGAAGGUUUUGGGUUCAUGUCUCAUCCCUCUCAACUUGUGAUAAAAAAUUUGUAAUCUCAAUGACUACGAUUAAUAAGGUGGACAUAUUUGUUGAUCUGUAAUGCAACUUAGUUUCCGUAGUGUUUAGGGAGCUACUAAUCAGUUCUUAGUUUUGAUACUAUAGGUUUCCAGAGAGGGGCAGUUUCUGUUGAGACAAACUAGGGAAAGAAUAAAGAUAUGGAGAGGAUCACCCUUCAAUGAUUUCAGGGUUGUAAAAUUCUGAGAAAUACUUUGGUCAUUUGUGAUUCUUUAAGACAUUUGGGAUGACUUGUUUUGGGUAGUCCUCAAGGCCCAGAAUUUAAUUCCUGUGAAGGGAAGCACUCAUAUUUGUACAUGUGGUAUUUUUCGAUUUUCGGUUUAUUUUCUUCUCUGUUUUGCUUUUGUA